UGUACGAACUGACGGCCGGUUGUGACCGACGUUAAACCAAAAGACGAGACGCACGUGCGAAGACGAGAUAAAUAACGUAGUGCAACAAAACGAUCCCGAUCAAAAGCGCUCGCCAGUGUAAUUACAGAUAAAAACCGAUACCUUAUCACCGCUUCGCAGACACAUUCUGCGAGAGGCUGAAUGAAAGAGGAAGUCAUCCCGAAGAAAACUCGCUUAGUAAUGGAAGAAGAGAUUGGUACCACCAGACGCCUUGAUGUACAUAGACGUUCUUCAGACGACGGUAUCAACAACCGACACCAUUGCGUGCGUAGAUUUCCUUCAAACGGCGAUGGCAAUGAUAAUUCGCAAGAACACAGGAACAUUGACGUUAAUCAACUCAAUCGUGUGCGUAGGAGACUUAAUUUCGACGACGGUGACAACGACAAUCCACAGGAACGUGAAAAUAUUAACAAUCAUUUUUUGGAAGAAAAACGAAUACAAUUGGAAAAGGCCAAAAAGAAGUGGGAUUUCGAUUUUCUACGCGGAAGGCCAGUGGAGAAUCCUGUUCGUUUCGAAUGGACACGACUUGAUGAACAAGGAAAUGAAAUUUCGAAUCUAAAAUAAAUUAGGAUAAAUUUACAAGAAA